AUACCACCAUCAGUCAGAACUCAGCAAAAGAAGCCACCACUCAAAUAGAGAGACUCCUUAUAGAGUGGGAGAUCUUUUUAUGCUAUACAUCAGACAAAAGGUUAAUAGACAAAAAAUACAAAAAAUUCACCAAACUGAGCAACAAAAAGGCAAACAACCCCAUCCAAAAGUAGGGGAGGAUAUGGACAGAUAUUAACCAAGGAAGGGCCAACAGGCAUAUAAAAAAAUGUUCAAAGACACUGAUUUUCAGAGAAAUGCAAAUAAAGACAACAAACACCUAUCCAAAGAGAUCUGUGUAUACCGAUAUACAUAGCAGCACUAUUUGUAAUAACCCAAACUCAGAGGGCUUCAUCCUUCUGGGCUUCUCUGAACAUCCACAGCUUGAAAGAAUCCUCUUUGUGGUUGUCUCAGCUUCCUACCUCCUGACUCUGGUGGGAAACACAUUCAUCAUCCUGCUGUCCGUGCUGGACCCCAGGCUCCACUCCCCAAUGUACUUUUUCCUCUCCAACCUCUCCUUCUUGGACCUCUGCUUCACCACAAGCUUUGUCCCCCAGAUGCUGGUCAACCUCUGGGGUCCAAACAAGACCAUCAGCUUCCUUGGUUGCUCUGUCCAGCUCUUCAUCUUUAUGUCUUUAGGAACUACUGAGUGUAUCCUCCUGACAGUGAUGGCCUUUGACCGCUAUGUGGCUGUGUGCCAGCCCCUCCACUAUGCCACCAUCAUCCACCCCCGCCUUUGCCGGCAGCUGGUGACUGUGGCCUGGGUUAUGGGUCUGGCUCAAUCCAUACUCCAAACACCACCCACCCUCCAUCUACCAUUUUGUUUCCAUCGGCAGAUAAAUAACUUUUUAUGCGAAGUGCCUUCUCUCAUUCGACUCUCUUGUGCAGACACCACCUACAAUGAGAUCCAGUUAGCUGUAUCGAGUGUUAUCAUUGUGGUUGUGCCCCUUGGCCUAAUCCUUGUUUCCUAUGGUGCCAUUGCUCGGGCAGUCAUGAGGAUCAAGUCUGCAAAAGGAAGGAGAAAGGCCUUUGGGACCUGUUCCUCUCAUCUCCUUGUAGUCACUCUCUUCUACAGCUCAGUCAUUGCUGUCUACCUCCAGCCCAAAAACCCCUAUGCCCAAGAGAGGGGCAAGUUCUUUGGUCUCUUCUACGCAGUGGGCACUCCUUCACUCAACCCUCUCAUAUACACCCUGAGAAAUCAAGAAAUAAAGAGGGCAUUCAGGAAACUGCUGGGGAAAGAUGAGGACUCCAGGGAGAGCUGA